GCUAGCUCCUCCUAAGCAGAAUUCGGAAUGGAGACCUGACGAUGAAAUCCCAAAAUGCUGCAUCCCAUUCACAUCUACACCUUCCCUCCACCCAUGGCGCAAACAGUAGAAGUAGAGCCUCCAACACCACUAGCGAUUGUUGGACUGUCCUUCAAAUUGCCUCAGGAUGCCGUCACCCCGGAGUCCUUCUGGCAGAUGCUCGUGGAGCGACGAUGCGCCACGACAGAGUUCCCGCCAGAUCGACUGAACAUCGACACACACCACCGCGCAGACACCGAUCGCCUCGAUACGCUGUCCAUGCGCGGAGCGCAUUUCCUGGCGGAGGAUCUCAGCCGCUUCGAUGCGCCGUUCUUCUCCAUCACUGCCGCCGAGGCCGAGGCGAUGGAGCCGCCGCAGCGGUUGAUCCUCGAGGCCGCGUUCCGGGCGCUGGAGAACGCGGGGAUUCCGUUGCAGCGCAUCGCGAAGUCUCGGACCGCGGUGUUUGCGGGCUCGUCCGGCCAUGACUGGUUGAUGUCGCGGGCGAAGGAUCCCCUGCACCAGCAUAAAUACGAUAUCACGGGGACGACGGGCAAUAUGCUCGCCAACCGCGUGAGUUGGUUCUUUGACCUGACCGGACCGAGUGCGACCGUCGACACCGCCUGUUCGAGUAGUUUGAUGGCCAUCGAUAUGACGUGUCAGUCGAUCUGGAGUGGCCAGGCGACGAUGGGCAUGGCGAUUGGAAGCAACCUCCUUCUGGCAGCUGAGGUAACGCAGAUGAUGGAUAACCUGGGUUUGCUGUCGAAGGACAGUCGGUGCUUCAGUUUCGACGACCGUGCUAAUGGGUACUCGCGCGGCGAAGGUGUAGGGGUCCUGAUCAUCAAGACCGUGGAGGACGCCGUGCGCGACGGAGACGUCAUUCGAGCAGUGAUCCGAUCCUCAGCUUCGAAUCAGGAUGGCAAGACGCCGGGCAUCACCCAGCCCAGCGCGGAGAUGCAGGCAGCGUUGAUUCGCGAGACCUACGUCAAUGCAGGACUGGAUAUUGGGCAGACGCGGUAUUUUGAAGCGCAUGGGACUGGCACCGCCGUGGGCGAUCCCAUCGAGACCAGGGCUAUUGGCUCCGUCUUCCGACUGCAUCGCUCGCCGGACGAGCCGUUGUACAUAGGAUCCGUGAAGUCGAAUAUUGGCCAUCUCGAGGGAGCAAGUGGUAUCGCCGGAAUGAUCAAAGUCAUCCUGGCGCUGGAAAAGGGUAUCAUUCCGCCGAACAAUGACGCCUAUCACUUCCUCCAACUCAACCAACUGGAAGGAAACCAUAACACAAUGCCACCGCUGGCCUCAGCGCGCAGCAACGGCACGACUACUCAGAGCGAGGUCCACCACCAAGUAUCAAACGGCAUCAAUGGAGUUGCGAAGUCUGUGACUGAUGCGCCAAAGCUCCUUGUCUGGUCUGCGGGUGAUGAAGCGGGUAUCCCUCGCCUUCAAGAAAGUUGGGGUUCAUUCUUUUCCUCCAAAUCAGCCGAGUAUAGACCUUCCUUCCUCAACAGCCUAGCACAUACCCUGGCCUCACGACGAACUCACCUACCGUGGCGAACCUUUGCCGUGGCAUGGCCGUCGGACGACCUGGAAGCAGUCGUUGAGCGCUUUUCCGGGGCCGUUCAAUCGCGGGUUUCGCCAAACCUUGCCAUGGUCUUCUCAGGGCAAGGAGCGCAAUGGUACGGGAUGGGACGCGAGCUACUCCACACGUUUCCUGCAUUCCGUCAAAGCAUCGAAGAAGCUGGGGAAUAUCUCCGAAGUCUGGGAUGCGAUUGGGAUCCCAUUGAUGAGCUGCAACGAAGUGAGAGCGAGUCGAACGUCAACCGCACUGAGUACAGUCAGAUUUUGUGCACGAUUCUCCAAGUAGCUCUGGUCGACCUGCUGCGUUCAUUCAAUAUUGUUCCCAAAGCCGUACUUGGACACUCCUCUGGUGAGGUUGCUGCGGCGUACUGUUCCCGCGCGAUAUCCCGCCGCUCAGCCUGGAAGGUCUCGUACUUCCGAGGCAACAUGAGCAGUCGGUUGGAGAAGACCGCACAGAUGAAAGGUUCCAUGCUGGCUGUCGCCCUCUCCGAGAAGGAGGUGUUGCCGUACAUCGAAGCAGUCAGCGCCGAGUUUGAGGUUACACGACUGACCGUUGGCUGCAUAAACAGUCCCAAGAGCACGACCGUCUCUGGUGAAGGGGUUCAACUCGACGCACUCAAGGCUCGACUAGACCUGGACAAGAUCUUCUGCCGCAGGCUCAAGGUCAACUUAGCCUACCACUCCGCCCAGAUGAAGGAAAUCGCGGCCCAGUAUCUCGAAGCUCUGGGCGAGCUGGAAGGUGACCCUUCAGAGCCGCACACCCGGCCUCAGAUGGUCUCAUCCAUCACCGGCGAGUGGAUCGACCCCGAUGAGCCGCGUCAGGCUUCUCACUGGGUCAGGAAUAUGAUAUCGCCGGUGCGCUUCUCUGAUGGACUCGCCACGCUCUGCUCCGCCUCGUCCAACCCCACGAAUGCGCUAGACGGCAGCCACCGACGCAAACGCAAGAUCGAUCACCUUCUGGAGAUCGGGCCUCAUUCGGUUCUGCAAGGUGCCUGCAAGGAUAUCCUGAGAGACAUCGGCAAGAGCUCAUCCAUCAAAUACCUGUCCUUGCUGGUGCGUAACAUGUCCGCCGUGGAAACCGCUUUUUCGGUUUUUGGUGAUCUGUAUACCGCAGGAUAUCCCAUCGACUUGGCCCUGGUCAACCAGGAUGAUUCCACAUGUCGAACUCUGCCAGAUCUGCCUGAAUACCCCUUCAACCACGAUAGGGUCUACUGGUACGAGAGCAGGAUAAGCAAGGGUCACCGUCUGCGACAGUUCGCCCGGAACGACCUCUUAGGGUUGGGGGAACAGAAUCAAAACCCGCUAGAAGCGAGAUGGAGGAACAUCAUCCGAGUGUCUGAGAUGCCCUGGGUCCAAGACCACAAGAUUAACGGAACAAUUCUCUACCCUGGAGCUGGAAUGGUGGUCAUGGCCAUCGAGGCAGCCAAGCAGCUGGCAGAUCCAAGCCGGCCGAUCUCCGGCUUCAAUGUCCGAGAUGUCGCCUUCCGCGCGGCCAUUCGGGUGCCGUCGGGGGCUCACGGCAUUGAGACCAAUUUUCAUCUCCGGCCUUCCAAGAAAAUGGAGUCGAAACGGUCCGGCUGGUUUGACUUCAACGUCUGCAUGUUCGAGAACGAGGUCUGGACGGAUAACUGCACGGGCUCCAUCCAGAUUGUCUAUGGCGAUAAGGAAGAGGAGAUGGAGAAAGCGCUCGCAGUCGAACUGCAAGCCGCUCAGCGGGACGCUUACUCGGCGGCAGCACAAACAUCUAGACUGACGAUGGGGGGCGAGAAGUUGUAUCAUACAUUGGAGGCAUCAGGCUAUGGCUACGGUCCAGCUUUCCAACUGGUCAAAGAGCUCUGCCAGGGCAAAGCGGGGGCAGAGGUGACUGCUCUGGUUCAGAACUUCUCGACGUCUCUGGGAGAGACGAUCCACCCCACAACAUUGGACGCCAUCCUUCAAACGGCCAUCUGGGCAGCAGUACCUUCGGAAAUGGACAGGAUCCCGACUGCGGUGCCGACCUACGUUGAGACAUUAUGGGUCGAUAGCCAUGCGCUGUCAUCCAAGAUGCUCAAGGUCCAUGGCACAUGCUCCGAAGUGUCGCAAUUCCUUGGCCCAUCAUCGAACAUCGUUGUACUUGACGAGAACUUGCAAAAGACCUUGGUGUCCGUUGCUGGGUUGCGGAUGAACAUCGUUGACACAUCAGCUCUCAUUGACAGGGUCGAUGAGUCUGCGGACAGCCUCUGCCAUCGAAUCGAGUGGAAGCCAGACUUGAAAUUGCUGAGCAAUGCGGAGAUUACCGGUUUAUGCAAUACUGUAUCUGCUGGUGCGAUCGACCACGAAAGGUUCUAUAAAGACCUGGAUGUCCUGCUCGCAGCACGAGGGAAAGAAACGCUCUCUGCCUUGGUAGAGACAGGGUUCCAGCCAACAGAUCCGAAGCUCAAGAAGUACCACACCUGGCUGAUCCAUCACCAGCAAACGGUCUCCGAUGAUGUUGCGAGCCAAUUGACCGAUCCAUCGUAUCUUGAGGAGGCUGGGAAUCGAAUUCUAGGUAGCAAACAGGGUUAUUUGUACGCCAUAGUUGCUCGCAAUCUAACAAAACUUUUGACUGGGGAGCUGGAUCCGUCCAGUCUGCUUAAAGAAGAUAUGCUGAAGGCAGCAUAUCAGGAACACGUCGCUGAAUCGCACGGCAUCCGGGGCCUGGGCAAAUACCUUGAUCUUCUGGCUCAUCGCCUCCCCAAGAUGAAGAUUCUGGAGUUAGGGGGAGAUGCUGGAUCUGUGACGGGAAUUAUUCUGGCUACAUUGGGAGGGGAUGCAAUGCGUGAUAGGCGAUACGCACAUCUGGAUUUCACUGAUGUGUCGCCUGAAAGCAUCUCUACGGCCAAAGAGAGGUUCGCUUCGGAAGCAGAGCAUAUGGGAUUCAACGUGCUCGACAUUGAGCGAGACCCAGCCACGCAAGGUAUUGAAUGUGGCACGUAUGAUGUGGUCGUGGCCUCGAUGGUCUUUCAUAAAACAGCUUGUUUCAGAAAGGCGUUGCAGAAUGCGCGAAGGCUGCUAAAACCAGAUGGCAAGCUAGUCGUGUACGAAGGAGUAGUUCCUGAGUGCCGGUCGACAUUUGUGUCCGGUCUAUUUGAGCAAUGGUGGCAAGAUUCGGAGCCCCAUUGCAACUCAUCCCGGUACGUGGACGAAGCUGUCGAAAACAAGCACGAAACGCGCGCUGUGACAGAGAUCGAAGUCGUGUACGAUUCGAAGGAACCUGACCAGGAACACCUGGCACAUGCCAUUACCAAACAAUGCGAGAGUAUUGGAUGCACGCACGUUCGAAGCGUCUCGCUUGAGGAAACCAUUAGUCAUCGAAGCGACACCAAAUCGCUUCAAGUUUUCGUCAUCGAGCUUCAGCGUCCGGUGUGGACAGACAUCCAACCUGAGCUGUAUGAAAAGCUUCAGAGUUAUCUUUCAUCGGCAUCUCAGGUGCUAUGGGUCAACCAAGGGGGGGGUGUCUUGCCCUCCAAGCCGCAUUUCCGUCUGGUCGAAGGAUUGUUCCGUGUCUUAAUGGAAGAGGAUGGCCGACGCAAUCUGCACCUUCUUUGCUUGGAGCCCGAAAAACCAUUGAGCCAAGUGGCGCAGCAUGCUGCGAAGCUAGCUCACUUUUUGGCUUCGCCAGCUGCAAAGGGUGCAGACACAGAGUAUGUUGAACAAAGCGAUAUGCUGCACAUUCCUCGUAUAGUGACGCCCGCGCAACUCAACGAAACGGUAUCACGCAAAGCCAGCUCUCAGCAGCGCGCAAUGCAGAAGUUUGGCUGCCAGGUUCCCUUGCAGCUAGACGCUACUUCGCCUGGGCUUAUCAGUGGCUUCCAGUUCCUGGAAGAUACCACAGCAUACCGACCGCUCAAGUCCGAUGAGAUCGAGAUACAGGUCAAGUGCGCAGGCCAGUUGAAGGCUACACACACUGGCUCCGAAUGCUCAGGGAUUGUCAGUCGAGUGGGCGAAGCUGUCUCCAAGUUCCGGGUCGGAGAUGCAGUGGCUGCCCUGGGCGACGGAUGCUUUGCGACCUCGAUCCGCGUUCACGAGAAUGGGCCCGUGGUGCAAAUUCCCCGGGGUAUCUCUUUCCAAGAGGCUGCAGCGGUUCCAGUAAACUACGCCACCGCAUACGUAGCUUUGCACAAUGUUGCGCGCAUCCAAGUCGGCGAAUCUGUCUUGAUCCAUUCGGGAACUGGCGGCACGGGGCAAGCAGCGAUUCAGAUCGCGAAGAAUGCGGGGGCUACCAUCUUUGCGACGGUCGGCUCCCAGAGCAAGAAGCGAUUUCUCAUCGACACUUAUCAAAUCCCAGAGACACACAUCUUCUCCAGCCGCACCACUUUGUUCGCGCAAGCAAUCAAGCACCGCACGGGCGGCAAAGGUGUGGAUAUCAUUCUAAACUCGCUGGCCGGGGAGAGUCUACUGGCCUCAUGGGAAUGCAUGGCGCCGUAUGGCAGGUUUCUGGAGAUCGGCAAGCGGGAUAUACUGUCUAACCAGAGACUGCCUAUGUCUCAAUUUCUUCGUAAUGUGACCUACAGUGGCGUGGACCUCGCCGCCAUGUCGGUGGAGAGACCUGAAGUAUGUGCCGCUGCUCUUGGCCAUAUCUUCGCGUCCGUGCAGCAAGGAUCGCUACACCCAUCGCAGCCCAUCCAUCAACACGGGGUGGGAGAAAUCGAGAAAGCCUUCCGGAUCAUGCAGGGCGGACAGCAUGUCGGUAAAAUGGUGUUGGACAUGCGCCCCGAGGACGAAGUGCUGACAGUUUUGGAUACAAAGCCAACGUACGCUUUGAAUCCCGAUUCUACGUUUGUCAUCUGCGGAGGCUUGGGAGGGCUGGGAAGCAACAUUGCCCAUUGGUUCGCGGAUCGAGGGGCUCGCCACCUUCUGUUGCUGUCACGCUCUGGAGGACAGAGUGAGAGAGGCCGCAUGCUCGUGGAGCAACUGCAAAGGCGAGGCGUACAGGUCCUAGCCCCAGCUUGUGAUGUUUCGGAUGAAGUGCCGCUGCAGAACACCCUCCAGCUGUGCAAGUCUCAGAUGCCUCCAAUCCGGGGAUGUCUCAACGCGGCCAUGGUGUUGCGAGACGCGUUGUUCGAGAACAUCUCUCAUCAAGCGUGGCACGAGUCCCUUGCACCCAAAGUGCAAGGGUCAUGGAACCUCCACCGUCAACUUCCGCGGGGCCUGGACUUUUUCAUCAUGUUAUCCUCCAUUUCAGGGAUUGUUGGAACCACGGGGCAAGCCAACUACGCGGCGGGCAACGCCUUCCAGGAUGCGCUGGCCCGGCAUCGUCUGGCGCUUGGGGAGAAAGCGACUGCGCUGGAUCUGGGAGUGUUCGACUUUGCCGGUGCGGUGGCUGAGGAUGCACAACUGCGGGAUAUGUUGGUCGCAAGUAUGGGGCUGGAACCGGUGACUGAACCUCAACUUCACGCGCUGUUGGAUUAUUACUGUGAUCCUCAAGUCCAUCUCGACAAGGCCUCCGACUGCCAAGUCACCGUGGGACUGUCUCCGAAUGCGACGCAGGCGAUGUGGCUGAAGAAGCCCAUGUUCGGGCAUCUCACGGGCCACGAACGAGCGGGGGGCAGUGCGGGCGCGAGCGACUCGAUCGCGGGUGCGUUGCAACGGGCGGAGUCGCUGGCCAGCGCUCAUGCGGUGGCCAUGGCAGCUAUCGCGGAGAAGCUGUCGAGAGCACUGUCGAUUGCGGCGACGGACAUGGAUGCGAGCAAGCCGUUACAUCAGUAUGGGGUGGACUCGCUGGUGGCGGUCGAGCUGCGGAGCUGGUUUGCGAAGGAGUUGCAAGCGGAGAUGGCGGUAUUCGACAUCUUGGGCGGGGCGACAUUGACCUCGGUGGCUCAAAUGGCCACGAGUAAGAGCAAGCUGUACCAGGACUCGUGGUUGUAGACGAAGAAGAUGAAGAAGAUGAAGAAGAAGAAGAAGAUGAUGAUGAU